AUGCCCUUUGUCUCGAGAGCCUCUGAUAACUUAGAGUCCGCUGCUGCCGGGGUAGAAGUAGAAAUCAAGGUGAAAAUCAAAUUCAAUCUGAAACAUGGCUUUUCGGCGGGUGACACAGAAGAUACCACUCCCGAACAAAAGGAACUUGACAAUGCUCUGGCAAAAGUUUGGGACAACCAAGGCGAAAACAUAAUGUAUGAACAGAACUUGAUGGACGAUGAGGAAGAGGAGGAUGAUUGGGAGGUGGACGAGAGGAGUACAUAUGACGAUGAAUCAGCGCAUUAUGAUUCAGAUGAGGAAGAACGAGAGGAAGCAUCGCACGACGACGACGACGACGACGACAUGACAGUGAAGACAGGCGAAUUCAUUCUGAACGACAAUGAAGACUCACCAGGUUAUGCAGUACUCUCGACACAUAAAGAGACCGAGGUGAAACUGGAAGAGAUCAAUUCCGCAGAUAUGGAACACGCUGAUGCCUACCUCGAUUCUGUUUUGCGUCCUCCCUCAAGGAGUGGCGAGGAUGAUGACAAGGAUGCAGGAAAUGAUGGCGAUGAUAUUCCUGCUGAGAACAUGGAAGCCACCAAGAAAGCUCGCUCAAGGAAAGAAAGUUCAUCCGAAAUUGUCCGCUAUGACAACCAAGACUAUUUCUUGGCGGUCCUUUCGCAUAUUGGCAAAGAAUAUGCAACGAACGAAGAUGUGGAUAGGUCGAUUGCUAUUGUUGAAGACAAUCCAUAUGAAGAACCUACCACAGAAGAAGAACUAGCGCCCAAAGAAGAAGCACCCGAGGACGGAAAAAAGACAAUACAAAACGAAGACCAAUUCCUCCUUGGCUGUGAAAUGUCUUUGACAGAGCUUGGGCAGAUACUUCUUUUAAAUAAUCGCUUCCCAACACAGCAUCACCAGAACAAUCAUGAUGACACCAUGCUUGGAGCAUCUGAUGCCAUGGCAAGACAAAUAAAACGCCUUAUCAAUCCCUUGCUAGAACUGGGAUCCGAUUCCAAAAGGUUCUACAUGGACGACGACGUCGAAUCCACUUCCUCUGAGGACCUUUCUGGCCUCAGUUUCGAGGACGAAAACGAUGAAGACGUGGUGAUACCAAGAAGCAUUAGCGAAGACCACGCCAUUGAUCAUCGCUGCAGCAGCAGCAACAGUACCGCUCGCAAAAGUCGAAGCGGAGAAAAUGAACAUGUACCCAGCUUACAAAAGGCAUUAUCCGUGGACAAUGCCAUUCCAGAACGAAUUAUCGGCCCGGGAGAGAGAAAUAUUGCCAACUUCCUCAAAACCCACUUUGGUGUUGAUUUGUACGAUACUAGGAUCGACGAAAGAGAGUACAAAGACUUUGUCUCUACACACUUUUUGGAUUCAAGAUUGCUGAACUACCAAAGAAUGAGGUGGCACGCUCCAAGAACAAGCAGCAGAGGCGAGAAGCAGAGAAUAAGAAGCCAAAGUACGGAUGGCCAAGGACGAAGAAGGAAACCUCAACAACAAAAGAAGUCCCGUGCAGUUUCAUCCUCAUCCACUGACUCUACCAAAAAAAGGACGGCUUCUUGUCAGAAGCAUCGUCAUCCAAAAAUGGAAGUCUAA